GACGGAACUCUUUAGUAAUCCCGCCAUAUUUAAAACAAAACAGACACGACAGAACACGAUAAAAACGAGAAAUUGAGAAUGUGCGGUUUUGGAGAUACUUAGUAAAAUGAGUAAAUCCAAGGAUGCAAAUGCUGCCAGGGCAGUAUUGGAGUACUUGAACAGACAGAAUAGACCGUACAGCGCUGUAGACCUCUUCAACAAUCUCCACAAAGAAUAUGGCAAGACGGCGGUUGUGAAGGCAUGUGAGAGUUUAACAGAAGGAAAGAAGAUCAGAGAAAAAGUGUAUGGAAAACAGAAGGUUUAUGUUGCAGACCAGAGUCAGUUCCCAGAUGUGGAUGACAAAGAAAUUCGAGAAAUGGAUACUAGAAUUGUUGAAUUGUCGACACAGUGUAAAGAAAAGGAUGACCAAGUGAAAAGACUGGAUGCUGAACUUCGAGGCCUGAACAGCUCAAUAACCACAGAAGAGGCAGUUUCACAACUCCAACAAUUAGUUGAAGAGUGUGAGGCAUGUAAUCAGAAGUUGAAAACUUUAAAAGAGGGAGGAAGAACUGUAUCACCGGAGGAGAAAGACAGGAUUUACAGUGCAAGAACAAAAUAUGUAAAGGAAUGGCGAAAAAGAAAAAGAAUCGGUAAUGAUAUACUUGGAGCAAUAUUAGAAGGCUACCCAAAGACAAAGAAACAGCUAUAUGUAAGUGUUAGAGAUGUAAUGGGGAGGAGUGUUGUGUGACCUGUAUAUAGAUAAGACUCAGCGUUUUGAAUUUGUGACACUUUACCGACAGCUGGU